AUGACACGGGGUCACAGCAAGCAAUUGUCAACACCCAUUGAGAUGACUAUGGAAACAGGACCAACAGUGCCAACCUCUGUAGCUUCCUCGUUAACGUCCAUUAAUUCUGCAACAACCCCUAUACCUUGCCUGUCUAACUCCAUUAAUACUAGACGUCCCCAACCUCAUAUACGCACAAACAGUAACUCCGACUCAGACAGCAACAUCGAGGCACCUGCUAUGUCAGCAACCGUGAAGUUCACGCAUGUCGAAUCAGCUUCAGUGAGCAAACCACCGGUCCUCACCGCAGGAGAACUCACACCUGAAGUCUUACGCUCAUGGGAGAUGGGUUGUACCCAAUUCUUCCUAUACAAGGAGGUGAAAGACAUUGAAAUAGUGAAGAGAGUUGCAUGGGGUAUGCAGGAACCGGUGUAG